AUGGUGCUAGAUCUCCUGAGACGCUUUACUCCUCUCCUAUUGCUGCUGGGACUUUGGGGACCAGUCUAUCCAUCUUAUGCUUUGCCUAAGAAUCUCACCAAGGCUAAGUGGUUUGAAAUUCAACAUAUACAAUCAAGCCCUCUCCAAUGCAACCAGGCAAUGAGAGGUGUCAAUAAUUAUACUCAACACUGCAAGCCUCUAAACACCUUUCUGCAUGACUCCCUCGACAAUGUGACUGAUACCUGUAAGGAGAACAAGACUGUAUGCAAGAAUCGCCAGAACAAUUGCCACCAGAGCCCAAACCCUGUUAACCUCACUAACUGCAAUCUCACUGGAGGGAAGUAUCCUAACUGCAACUACAAAGAUACUCCCCAGACCAAGUUCUACAUUAUUGCCUGUGACCCCCCUAAGAAGACAGACCCUCUGAAACCUUUGGUUCCUGUACAUUUAGAUAAGGUUUUUUAA